GCUGCGCGUCAGGGAACACCAGUCACCAUCCGCACGGUUCAAACGACAUCUCGCCGCGGGCAAUGACAUUGGCAGACUGAGAGGGAAUACACGACAAAACGCAAAAAUGACGGUGGACUUUGAAGAAUGUAUAAAAGAUUCACCCCGAUUCAGGGCUGGCAUUGACGAUGUGGAGACAGACGUGGUGGAAAUCGAGGCAAAGCUCGACAAGCUGGUGAAGCUGUGCAGUGGGAUGAUCGAGGCAGGCAGGGCCUACGUCAGCGCCAACAAGCUCUUUGUGAACGGCAUUAAGGACCUGUCCCAGCAGUGCAAAAAAGAGGAGGCGAUAUCGGAAUGCCUUGAAAAGUGUGGAGAAAGCCUCCAGGAGAUCGUCAACUACCACAUGAUUUUGUUUGACCAGGCUCAGAGGUCGAUCAAGCAACAGCUUCACACAUUCAUUAAAGAGGAUGUGCGCAAGUUCAAGGACACCAAGAAGCAGUUUGACCGGGUGCGUGAGGACAUGGAGCUGGCUCAGGUGAAGAAUGCCCAGGCACCCAGGAACAAGGUCCAUGAGGCUGAGGAAGCCACACAGGCCCUCAUCCUCAGCCGAAAGGCCUUUAGGCACCUGGCCUUGGACUAUGUACUACAGAUUAAUGUUCUUCAGGCCAAGAAGAAGUUUGAAAUCCUGGAUGCAAUGCUGUCCUUCAUGCGUGCCCAGCACACUCUUUUCCAACAGGGCUUCAACAUCUUGGAUGAGAUUGACCCAUAUAUGAAAAAACUGGCUGCACAACUGGAUCAGCUGGUCAUUGACUCUGCCAUGGAGAAGAGGGAGCUGGAGCACAAACACGCCCUCAUCCAGCAGAGAACUCUGAUGCAGGACUUUUCCUACGAUGACCCCAAGUUGGAGUUCAAUGUGGAUGCGCCCAAUGGUGUCGUCAUGGAGGGCUACCUCUUCAAGAGGGCCAGCAACGCUUUCAAGACCUGGAACAGGCGGUGGUUUUCUAUACAGAAUAGCCAGCUGGUCUACCAAAAGAAACUCAAGGACUCUCUGACAGUUGUGGUGGAGGACCUGAGGCUGUGCUCAGUCAAACCAUGUGAAGAUAAUGAGAGGAGGUUUUGCUUUGAGGUGGUUUCACCCACUAAGAGCUGUAUGCUGCAGGCUGAGUCAGAGAAGCUGCGACAGGCAUGGAUCCAGGCAGUCCAGGCAAGCAUCGCUUCUGCUUACAAAGACAUAGCAGACAACUAUUACAUUGAGCGUUUGGACCGGACAGCCUCACCCUCCACCAGCAGCAUUGACUCUGCCAGCGAGCCCAGAGAGAGGGGGGAGAGGGCAGAUAAGGGAGUUCGGGGAGGAGGAGAAAGCUUGCUCCAGAGGAUACAGUCCCUGCCAGGAAAUGAGCUGUGCUGUGACUGCGGCCAAACUGCUCCCUGCUGGGCCUCCAUCAACCUUGGAGUGCUGCUCUGCAUUGAGUGCUCAGGGAUCCACAGGAGUUUAGGCGUACACUGUUCUAAAGUGCGUUCACUAACGCUAGACUCAUGGGAGCCAGAAUUACUCAAGCUAAUGUGUGAAUUGGGAAAUACUGUGAUCAACCACAUUUAUGAGGGAGCCUGCGAAGAGCUUGGUGUGAAAAAACCUGGACCGUCCAGUUCAAGACAGGAGAAAGAGGCCUGGAUCAAGUCUAAAUAUGUGGAGAAACGCUUCCUAAAGAAGAUGAGUGGGAGCGAGGCGUUGGUGGAGGGUGAAAGAAAGUCCCGACCCUGGACAGUGAAAAAGUGCCACAGACACAACAGCUCCAUUCGGGCCCCUAACAAGGCCCGCAGGAAAUACCACCGCUAUGAGCCCGGUAGCGCCUCACCUGCAAAUCUCUCUGCAGCAGCCGCAGCAAAGUUUCGCCGAGACUCCCUGUUCUGUCCAGAUGAGCUGGACUCACUUUUUUCCUACUUUGACACUGGCUCUGGUCCUCGCAGUCUCAGCAGUGAUAGUGGCCUAGGAGGAAGUACUGAUGGCAGCACUGACAUCCUGGUUUUUGGCUCAGUGGUGGACAGUGUCACAGAAGAAGACGAGGAGUCAGAGGAAUCCUCCAGUGGUGAGGUGGAAAUCGAACAGGAAGUGUCUUCAGACCCCGAGGACCCAAGAGAGCUCCACCCUGGUGCCCUCCUCCAACGAUCCUCCCGCUUACACAACCUGCCACUCAUGGCGGAGGCAUUGGCGCACGGGGCUGACAUACACGCUGCAAGUGAGGAGGAGGAGGGGAAAACGCCACUCAUUCAAGCUGUGAUUGGGGGCUCUCUGAUAGCUUGUGAGUUCCUGCUUCAGAAUGGAGCCGAUGUGAACCAGAGAGACAUGAGAGGGAGGGGCCCUCUGCAUCACGCCACCUACCUGGGUCACACUGGCCAGGUGUGUCUGUUCUUGAAGAGAGGAGCAUCACAGACAGAGGUGGACGAGCAGGGUCAUGACCCACUAAGCAUCGCUGUCCAAGCUGCCAACGCAGACAUCGUCACCCUAUUGCGUCUUGCGCGGAUGAACGAGGAGAUGCGAGAGGCGGAGGCCCCUUUGGGACAACCAGGGGUUGCCACAGGCAGCAGAAGUGUAAAGUCCAAGGAUGUUCGGGAUAGAGUGACAUCCCCUGUGUUGAUGUCUUUCGCGAGUUUUCUCUCCUCGCGUCUCUCCAGCCCGAGAAAUUGAGGAGGAGAAGCAUACAGUUCAGCCGCUGCAAGACGCCAUAGUGACCAUUGGCCGCUACAUCAUGUGACUAUUCUUCAGCCACUUUGGAGUAAAGAGGGAGGCAGCUAUAUGCUAUUUUGUUGUUGAGAGCUGCAAGUAUACGUAGAGAUCAGAACCUGCAGGCAGUGGUUAUAACAGCCUUGUCAUUAUCCCCAAUUGACAGUGUAAAUAUAUUGGAUGAAGGCAAGGCAAGCAGCU